GGCGCUGCCCGGCCCGGCCCCCCGCGCAGCCGCAGGGCGGAGCGCUCGCCGCCGCCGCUUUCCCCCGGUGCGCCUGGCUCCCCACGUGUCGCCGCGGCUAUGGGCUUGCUGCCGGUGCCGGCGGAGGUGCGCGCCAUCCUGCUGGACAUCGAGGGCACCACCACACCCAUCUCCUUCGUGCAGGACACCUUGUUCCCUUACAUCAGAGACACCGUGAAGGAGUACCUGCGUGCCCACUGGGAGGAGGAGGAGUGCCAGCAGGACGUCAGGCUUCUGAGGAAACAGGCUGAGGAGGACUCCAGCUUGGAUGGGGCCGUGCCGAUCCCUCUGGAUAGCGGCAGCGGGGAGGAGGAGCUGGAGCAGCUGAUCCAGGCCCUUGUGGACAACGUGCACUGGCAGAUGGCUCUGGACAGGAAAACCACAGCACUGAAGCAGCUGCAGGGGCACAUGUGGAGGGCAGCCUAUGCCACGGGGCACAUCAAAGGAGAGCUCUUCGAGGACGUGGUUCCAGCCAUCCGGAAGUGGCGGGAAGCAGGGAUGAAGGUCUAUAUCUACUCCUCGGGCAGCAUUGAAGCCCAGAAGCUGCUGUUUGGAUACUCUACAGAAGGUGAUAUCCUAGAGCUCUUCGAUGGCCACUUUGAUACCAAAAUAGGCCCCAAGGUAGAAAGUGAGAGCUACAGAAGGAUUGCCACCAGCAUUGGGUGUGCCACCAGCAAUAUCCUCUUCCUGACAGAUGUCCCUCGAGAAGCCAGCGCAGCGGAGGAGGCGGAGGCUCACGUGGCGGUGGUGACCAGGCCAGGCAACGCAGGACUGACCGACGAUGAGAAAUCCUAUUACAGCCUCAUCUCCUCCUUCUCUGAACUCUUCCUGCCUUCCUCCACCUAGGGAAAGCAGGGCAGGCACAGCAGAACGUGCCUCACCUGCACUGUCCCUGUGUAACAUUAGCUAAUUUUGUCCAUAACCAGAACUUAAAGCCAAAGCCACAUCGUGUCUUGGAGCCAUGAGUAGUGCAGGCAGGGAUGGAUGGGGGGAGUGUGGUGUGGGGUCCCUCUGCGGUGAGGCAGAGGCCUGCAGCAGCCAGCUGGAGCUGGGAGCAGGAUGAGAAGCAGCACCCCUGAGUUCUGCUCUUCCUCCCUUUGCCCAGCUAGCCAUUAGCUCAGGGGAUGCUUCCUUCAGGCUCGCUCACUGCAGUCUGGGGCUGAGCUGGCCCACCAGGAGCUCUGUCAGAUGGAGCAAACAAGGUGUGUGUCCCCUCGUUCCAGGAAGACCUGUGGGGGGACCAGGAUGGAACAGGAGCUUCUCUCUGCAGCCAGCUUUCAAAGUGAGGGGCUGGAAUACACAAAGGAAGGUGCCAGAUGUGUGCCACAGAGAUUUGAGCUGUCACAGAACAAGCCAGCCCUUGCUGCAGGUGAGCUUUUCAGUCCAGGAACAGCUUCAGUCCUGGCUAUACCCACAGCAGGUCCAGAUAGCAAACAGCACAACUUGCCUACUGAAGCUGCUAACAGCUACCCAGCCACGUGCAUAGAAAAACAGCUUUUAACUUUGAACUUCUCUUCACUGCUCUGUCCUGAUGCUGGGCUCUUGGCUCCAGCUGGCUGAACACCAAAGCCAGCUUGAUCUCAUUUCUGAAGCAUCUCCCUCAGCACUAACCCCUGGAGCACCUUCUCAGAAGCCAGCAUCACCCUGCCACCUGUUCAUAGCCCUGGUCAGCUGUGAGCAAACCUCCACAAGCAACUGCUCCCUGCAAUUUAAUUGUAGAAACCCUAACCUUUCACCUCUCCCACCUAAAUUGGGGCCAUUUAGAUCCAAUCAUCAUUGGGGCUUCUCCCACUGUCGCCAAUAAAACCACUGCUUUGCUUUUGCUGUGUUCACUCCA